AUGCUUCCGAUAUCGCUUCUAAAAACUGCGGUCAACCAUCCCAUGUUAGUGGAGUUGAAAAAUGGCGAGACCUACAACGGCCAUCUUGUUUGCUGUGAUGCAUGGAUGAAUAUCAAUCUCAGGGAGGUCAUCUGUACAUCUAGGGAUGGUGACAGAUUUUGGAAAAUGCCGGAAUGUUACAUCAGGGGCAGCAUGAUCAAGUACCUCCGGAUCCCUGACGAGGUGAUCGACAUGGUGAAAGAGGAGAUCCAUCAGAAAAAUAGAGGGAGAGGGGAGAUGAGGACGACCAGAGGAAGGGGUGGUCCAGGCAGGGGUGUCUUCAGUAAUAGAGGAGGAAGGGGGGAUGGUAGCAAGCAGAACAGGGGGGGUCGUGGUGGAGGGGCUGGUGCUGGCAAGCCUGGUGCCCAUAAAUAA